CUGUAAGACUUCAGUAAGUGAAAGUGGAUGAACCCUUACUAAAAAACAAAACGUAGACUAUUUGGACGCUAGCCGUGCAUCAGUUUGAAUUUCCGGGUUACCUGUCAACCAAACUGAAGCGAUGAUGCUGGCAAGAGAAUCAUAGUGAAAGAUUCGUUUUCAUUGCGGAGUGGUAUGAUCCAAAUGCUUCACUAUUUCGACGUUAUGAGCUUUUAUUUUACCCAGGGGAUGGAUCUGUUGAAAUGCAUGAUGUAAAGAAUCAUCGCACCUUUUUGAAGCGGACCAAAUAUGAAGACCUUCACUUGGAAGAUUUAUUUAUAGGCAACAAAGUGAAUAUCUUUUCUCGACAACUGGUACUGCUUGACUAUGGGGAUCAAUAUACAGCUCGGCAGUUGGGCAGUAGGAAAGAAAAAACAUUAGCCCUGAUUAAACCAGAUGCAGUAUCAAAGGUGGGAGAAAUAAUUGAAAUAAUAAACAAAGCUGGAUUUACUCUAACCAAACUCAAAAUGAUGACGCUUUCAAGGAAAGAAGCAACAGAUUUUCAUAUAGACCAUCAGUCAAAGCCCUUUUUAAAUGAGCUGAUCCAGUUUAUUACCAGUGGUCCUAUAAUUGCCAUGGAGAUUUUAAGAGAUGAUGCCAUAUGUGAAUGGAAAAGGCUUCUUGGACCUGCAAACUCUGGACUGGCACGUACAGAUGCUCCUGGAAGCAUUAGAGCCCUCUUUGGAACAGAUGGCAUAAGAAAUGCAGCUCAUGGCCCUGAUUCUUUUGCUUGUGCUGCCAGAGAAAUGGAGUUAUUUUUUCCUUCGAGCGGAGUUUGUGGGCCAGCCAACACUGCUAGAUUUACCAACUGCACUACUUGUUGCAUUGUUAAGCCCCAUGCUGUCAGUGAAGGACUGCUGGGAAAGAUCCUGAUGGCUGUCCGAGAUGCAGGUUUUGAGAUCUCAGCUAUGCAGAUGUACAACAUGGAUCGGGUUAAUGUUGAAGAGUUUUAUGAAGUUUAUAAAGGAGUCGUGUCUGAGUAUAACGAAAUGGUGACAGAAAUGUAUUCUGGCCCUUGUGUAGCAAUGGAGAUUCAACAGACUAAUCCUACAAUGACAUUUCGAGAAUUCUGUGGACCUGCUGAUCCUGAAAUUGCCCGGCAUUUACGCCCUGGAACCCUCCGAGCAAUCUUUGGUAAAACUAAGAUCCAGAAUGCUGUCCACUGUACUGAUCUGCCAGAGGAUGGCAUAUUAGAGGUUCAGUAUUUCUUCAAGAUCUUGGAUAACUAGCAGUGUAGAAAGUGAAGAAUCACAGGUUGGGGCAUUUAGGCAAGAGUGAAUCACACACAUGAGGAAUGUGUUCAUUCUUUUAUUGUCCAUUGUUUCAACCUGACUUAAUACAAGAUCAACAAGAGCACUGUACUCCUGGCAAUUAUGACAUAUGUUAGAACAUGGAUUUUGCACUGUAGACAACAUUUAACACCAGUCUAUGGGGUACUGCAUUGCUUUUUAUAAAGUCCAAAAUAAAGAUUUAUUUUCAAACAA